AAUGUAUUAAUCCAACUUUUGUUACAUAACAUAUAUAUUCAUGUCCGUUUUUUGUUGCAGCCGGAAACCUCCCUUCAUUUACUGGUCUACAAGACAAUCUCUCUUCAUGACUAUUGUCUUUUGUCAAUGCGAGACACAGAUUUUGGAGUGUGUUAGAUUGCUUUUUAGGGCCACCAACGAGGCUGAGAAAGAAAUAUAUCGUUACGUGAAAGAUGGGAAACUUAUUGAGAUAGCUUCCGUAUUGACAGUAGCUCGAGAAGAAGUUACAUCACCCUUUUUUUCCACAGACUUACGUGAUCUUGUUUUGAAUGGGAGUAUGUUCCUUCGGCAAUUGGUCUUAUCAGAGAUUGUAUCACUAAUGGCUUCAAAAAUAACAUUAGUUUCUACUAGUGAAGAGGUGCAUGAUGAGCUGAGCAAUAAGCUGGAAACAAUGAUGUCGAUGUUACGCAUGAUUGAAGCUUUUGAAAGGGUUGGCGAUAAAAUCAAGCUAUAUCAUCGAUACCUGACUAAGUUGAGCAAGAAAGAAUUGGCUGCAAAAAUUGCAUGCUUGUUUAUCAGUGAGGGAUUUGCCGAAUAUACAGACUUUGCAUUGAAAAGACCAAUUUCAUGUGUGGAUAGGACACAAUUCCAUAAUGACUCUUUGGAAUUAUUAGGUAAUUGCUUUAUUUGUUGCUCAUUUUGUUACUACUUAGAUUGUAAAGAAAAAAAUAGGUGAGAUUCACGCCAACACCAUAGUUUUCGUUUCA